UGACAUACUGGUGUAGUUUGACCUGACAGCACUUAGCAAGUAUCCUUUGCAAGACCUCGACUUCGUCUUCACUCUUUCAACAAGAGAUAAUUCUCGAAUCACAACGACGAGUUUGCUGUAGAUAAGUAGAUAACGUUAAUAUUACACUACAUCUCAUAAAUGAUCACGAAAGAUACAUUUGAGAUCGUCGAGGCUUGAUUUGAUUGAAACGGUAAAUCUGCUGUUAUGGUCAGAGGGUUUUGUCGUUAAACGAGUGGAUCAGAGUAGCCGAGGACACUUACCAAACUCCCCACCUACAUAUUGAGGCUUUAAACAUAUGAAGAUUUCAUUUUAGAACAAAACCUGCAAGUCAUUCACUGGGAGUAUAUGCUAAUUAAGCGAUGAUAUAAGUUAAAAUCUGAAAUGAAAUAAACAAACAAAAUCAUCAAAUUGCUAUAUUGGAAUACUAGUAAAUAAACAAAUGAAUAAAUAAACAAGAAAAAUAAGUUUAUGCGGUGCUUUCGAAGCUGCAAAAAUGUAUUAUUAACAGACUCCGGUAUACAUAAGAACUAAUUUCUAGCAGCAACUGAGGAGUGUUCAAACCUUAGGCCCAUAACUGAUACGCAGGGAUCUACUUCAUUUGAAAUCUAGUUUUGAGACUGAACAAGGAUCAAGAUGGGCACGGACGUGAAAGAAGGGAUCAGUGGGAUGGUGCAGUACGCAAAGAGCAACAGAUACGCUCUGUAUGUCCUCUUCAUGUGUAUGAUGGCUUACCUGGUGAAUCAGAUGAACACGUUUGUCGUGGUGGCUACAAACACGUCCAUGGCGCAGGAACUGCAGUACGGUGACAGGGUGUGUAACGCCACAAAUGCUACAGCAACAGCUAUACUGAUAGCUGAAAGUCAUCCCAAUGUAACUGCCAAUAUAUACUGUCAGCAAAACAACAACUUAUGUGACCGCAACACAACGGUUUGUCAAUGGAAGUACCUUGGUACUGGGAUCUUGUACCAGUUACUGGCAGGCCCACUUUACAUUGUCUUGUACGCAGUCAGUGGAAUACCUCUCGGUAUGAUAUCUGAGUUGAACAACAUCAACAGAAAGCUGAUUCUAGCUAUAUGUGUUAUACUAUGGUCGGUGAUGACACUCCUUAGCGGUUUUUCACAAGCCUACUGGCACGUCGCUGUAUGUAGGCUGGCCCUUGGAAUAUUUGGGGCAGGCUGUGUGCCUUUUGCCGCUUCCAUAAUCGCUGGAUACUUUGAACAGUCAAAACGUGGUGCCGCUUUAGGAUUCUUCAACUGGGGUAUCUAUGUUGGGUACAGCAUCUCAUUUCUCAUGUUGAUCGCUGAGAGGAAUCUUGGCUGGCGGGCUGUCUAUUUCAUCGCAGGAGCCCCUGGUUUGGCUGUUGGGAUUAUCAUUUUGAUAACCGUAAAGGACCCCGAAAAGGAAGACGAUGCUGAUUCGGAGGCUGCGUUGUCUAAGAUAAAGAACACAGCAGGUAAACUGAAGAGAGCAUGUCUCGUCUUCCUGAACCCAAUCCUCUUGAUCCUGUGCCUAGGGGGCGCCAUCAGGAACGGGGCUGGUAUAGUGUGGGCGUACAACAUCAACAAUUUCUUUAGGUUCUACCAUCCUGGUACGAGAGUCGAGGCUUGGAUGUCGUGGAUUCCGCUAACAUUCGGAUCUGCGGGGUCAUUCCUUGGUGGAGUUAUUUCCGAUAAGUUUGCCAGGACGAGAGGACCAGUUGGCCGGCUUAUUGUGCUCAUAGGAUCACUGUUGAUUUCUGCUCCAUUCCAAGUGGGUACUCUAUUCCUGCCGAUGCCAUGGGCCUUCAUAAGCCACAUCCCGGCCUAUCUGAUUGGGGAGAUGUGGAUAGGGGUCUGCCUAGCUGUUGUAGUCGACUUGGUGCCAGAGGACCUCCGUGCCUCUUCUGUUGCCGUAUACAUUUUCAUUAUACAGAUGAUUGGGGGCAAUAUGAACUUAAUGGUUACCCCUCUGAGACAGGUGCUAGACCUGCGUUACGCACUACUAAUUGGAUUCCCUGGGAGUUACGUUUUAGGGGCCCUGAUUUUCAUCUUGACUGCAUUUUUGUUGAAGAAGUAUCGCCCCCAUAUCCAAGAUGAUAUAGACCAUGCAGAGAUAGUGGUGCCACCUAUAAGUGAGAUUCCCGAAAAGGAAAAUCUAGCGUAUAACAAGGACAGUGGAAAUGGUUAUGCAACAGUGACUGAUAUAGACACGGGUAUCAUGCCAAUAGAACGUGACAAUCAAGCAAGUCCAACAAAGAAACGUUAUAUUGAUCCAAGUACUUUAUAGUGAAAAAAUCGAAUGUAUAUAUUCUAGACUUCUUUGGAUACUAAUCAUUCCAUAUAGAUGCUUCAGCCCCUAAAGCAAAUUGUUAGAUCACAUUCCAAGAGCAAACUUUUAGAAUAUAUUGGCAUCAUAUCAUGAAUUUUCAACAUUUUCAAAAAUAUUUUGGCAUCGUGAUUUCAAGACCCAUGAGUUACAUCAGAAUAAUUUUUGUAAUGAGUAAAAUAUUACAGUUUUGACAUCAUGAUUUCAGAAACAAAUAUUUACAUGUUUUUAAGAAAAAAUAUUUCCGGGGCUAUAUCUUGAAAGCCCAUAAUUAUUUGCUCAUUUCAAGGACAAUUUUUUGGCAUCAUGAUCUAACAUGUCUAGUUAGUUUUGGGAUUUAAAGGAAAAUUUUGUAAGAAUUAGAGAGGAGUGGCAAAAUUAUUGAAAUGAUUAUAAGCAUGGCUAGGUUUAGACGCAUAUUAUACCAUCCGACUAAAGCAUGUACAAACAAGUAUUUAUACUCCGCAUUUUUGUAUCACAAAGAGUCACCAUGAACAUUUUAUGAAGCAGUUAUUAAUAAGCAACUAUGUUCAAAUAUUUAUUUUUCAUAUAUUGUUUACAUCAUAAUCGUGGUAUGGGAGUACAUACGUGUAUAUUAGUUUGACUUUAUAUUCACCCAUGGACUGACUGAUGAUCCUCAAAAUGGCACGAAUAAGGUUAGCCUAUAUAUUUUCAACCUAGAAGAUAGACACUAGGCUAAAUCAAAAAUCUGGAAACGUGUUUUUGAAACUCAGUAUAACAGUAAAAGGCUUUUGGUGAAUAUCAGGAAAAAUUUAGUGGCACACCAUUAUCUGUUUCAUUAUUUUGGGAUUGCAAAAUGAAGUUUUAUAGUAAAAAUAAGUAUGCUGUGCUAUGAUGAUAAAAUGGCACUAUUUCUAUUGAAAUAUGAUUUUUUACAAACUCUGGAUCUAAUACUAGUACACAUCUUUGUAAGGUUCAUGUAUGCCACACAUUUUACUUUACUGAUUCACAUCUGUAUCUUUCAAGGUCUAAAUUGAUA